CUCAUUCCUUUCUCAACACACACAGUUCAUAAAAUCUAGAUCUCCUAUUUUUCUUACUUUCUUGAAAUUUCUCGCGAAAAUGUCAGGUCGUGGAAAGGGAGGUAAGGGACUUGGAAAGGGAGGUGCAAAGAGGCAUAGGAAGGUUCUUCGUGAUAAUAUCCAAGGUAUCACAAAGCCUGCUAUUCGUCGAUUGGCUAGAAGAGGAGGUGUGAAGAGAAUCAGUGGUUUGAUCUAUGAAGAAACCAGAGGAGUUCUCAAGAUCUUCUUGGAGAAUGUGAUUCGAGAUGCUGUUACAUAUACUGAGCAUGCUAGGAGGAAGACUGUUACGGCCAUGGAUGUUGUUUAUGCUCUCAAGAGACAAGGAAGAACCCUCUAUGGAUUUGGAGGUUGAGCGCUUGUUCUUUUAUGUUUGGAUUUUAGUUUGUAAUUGGAACUUGUGAAUGUUCUUUAUAAUGUUUAUUUGGGUUGUUAGAUGUACUUGUUCCUUUGUAAGUUUAACAAGAUUGAAAUCUAAUGAGUAAUAUUUUCUGGUGAA